GGCCAACACAGCAAGCUCUGCGGCGUAAAAGACGGCCUUCCGAAACGGCUGCGACCUCCAAUCUGGUCGGAAGCCGUCCUGAUACACGCAGUCGGCGGCCACGCAGCCGAAAUUUUAAACUCCGACGGCUAAGGGCUCCGACCAGACACAGUCAUGUCCAAGCCCAUCUUCGCGGGCGCCGCGGGCGGUCUCACGACUCUUCUACUCAUCAGCGCAGCCGCAGCAGCCAUGUCCACCACAAUCACCAAGCAGCGCGUGACGCUCGGAAGAGUCCGGCCCAUCGUCGCGCCGAGCGUCGCGAAGGCGAAUUUUCUCGCGCUCGGCGCCGAGCUCGAGGCGUGCACGGCCGCGGGCUGCGAGUGGCUCCACUGCUCGGUCCAGGACGGUGUGUUUGUUCCCAAGGUCAGCUUCGGCGCGCCGGUCGUCGCCGCCGCGCGCAAGGCGUGCCCCGACACGGUCAUCGACGUCAAGCUCGGGUGUAUCGACCCGGAAAACCGCGUCGCGGAAUUCGCGGCCGCCGGAGCGGAUGCGAUCUCAUUUCACCCUGAAGCCACGAAACAACCGGCCGCAGUAGCUCAGCGCAUCCGCGACGCCGGCGUGGCGCCCGGCAUCGUGCUCAACCCCGGGACCGCGGUCGCGUCCGUCGCGCCUCUCCUGGAUAUGGUAGACAUAGCAGUGGUCAUGCUGGUGUCGCCGGGCCACGGCGGCCCGAAGUACACCGAACAGGCCGUCGAAAAAGUCAAGGCUUUGCGCGCGCUACGCCCGGACCUGCACAUCUCGGUCGACGGCGGAGUUAACGAGAAGAUCGCCCCCGAGUUACUCCGGGCGGGCGCGAACGUGCUUGUCGCGGGCGGCGCCAUCUUCAAGGCCGACGACAAAAAGGCGGUCGUCGCGGAGCUGAUCAGGAACGCGCCGCACAAGCGUGGGAAUGACAUCCAGGCGGCCGAUGACCAUUCCGGACCUGCCGGCUCCGCUUCUGCCUUCGAAGACGACGCUUGCCCUGACGCCUGAACAUACAUACCUGUCCC